CUCGUAUUUACCUUGAAGAAGUUUUAAUUAAAACGUCUGAGAUGCAAUAUUCGCCUUCUUUAUUAUUCCUCAUCCUUCUCUUAAGUGCGCAGUAAAAGUUAGAUAUCCCUCUGUAGUCGAUGAUCUCUGAACCCACUGUCGCAUUAAAAAAUAACGUGGAUCGGAUCUCCCAUGUUGAAGGGCAGUUUUUUCUUCCCAGCAGAUACGAAUGUGAAUUUUCGCAAGUUACAGAGUUUUUUUUCAGCUGUUACUUACCACUUACUACCCGUCAACUGCGUGGUGCGGUUUCUGCUCUUUACCGCGCACACCACUUCCAAGUCGACACCUCUCUAUGGAAUGUCUGUUCCGCCAUUUUACACGUCUAAUUUUAUCUGCUUUGUAUCCCUUGUCAAACUGUUAAUCUAUGAAACAUAAUCGCAAUUCAUGCAAGGAAAGCCAUUUAUCCAUAGGGUCAAAUUUUCACGCAGCAGCCAAAGUGAGAGAAAACAAGUAUUGAGACACUUGCGUAUGAAUGACGUCUUUGUCUUGUUGCUAGUCAAAGCAGUGGCGAGCGAGACAUCCCACAGGGCAGUAAAUUGAAGUUCAGCCACUUCCACCAGGAUAACUCCUCGUCGAUCUUUGAUUAGAACCAUGCCACAAACUGGAACAGCAAUCUCGAUGGCAAUGAAGUCAUUAGCGACCGUGUUUGUCGUCAUGCUUUUUGGCGCCGUGAGCUUGAGUCAGAUCACCAGUCCUUGUCCAAAGGAAUGCGUCUGCGAGGAGCAAUAUUUCUCUGAAUCACAAGGCGUCGGAGCGAAAGUAAACUGCUCCGGAAAAAAGCUGAAGCGAUUUCCCUGGCCUCUUCCACAAGUAACUACAACAUUGCUACUUCAGAAUAACAAGAUAUCCAGGCUGGAAGGAUGGCAUUUUAGGGGGAUGAUAUAUCUGAUGGUUUUGCAUCUCGAGGGAAACCGAAUAAAAAAGAUUGAAGAAACCUCCUUGGGAUAUCUCCCUUCUCUUCAUACAUUGUAUUUACAGAACAACCGCAUUGAAGAAAUGGCUUUUAGGGCAUUCAGGAAUUGUACUAGGCUUAAAACUUUGAACCUUGCAAAGAACAAGCUCAAAAGCCUUCAGUAUGCCGCAUUUGACGGUCUGGAUCAACUGGACAAAUUGAACCUUGCAAAGAACAAGCUCAAAAGCCUUCAGUAUGCCGCAUUUGACGGUCUGGAUCAACUGGACAAAUUGGACCUCAGCGGGAACUCGAUCAACACAAUAGAAGACGGUGCAUUCCUUGGUCUCUAUCGUCUGAAGACCUUAUUUCUGAAUUUUAAUCAGAUUAAAAAGAUUGGAGCGUACCUGUUUGCAGAUGUCUACUCCCUUACUACUCUGUAUCUUCAUCGUAAUAGAAUUAAUAAAAUUGAACCUUGGAGUUUCUCAGCUACCAGGAAAUUACAACAACUGUAUUUGUAUUCCAACCUACUGACGUUUAUUCCUGAUAACAUCUUUGAGGAUCUCAGAGCCCUCCGUGUCCUCCAUCUCGGUAUAAACAUGAUUACCUACAUCGCGGAUGGUGCUUUCCGAUAUCUUGGAAAUCUUAACGUGCUAUAUCUUGACUCAAAUCGCCUCACCCUUCUUAACUCAAGGACGCUCGAAGGACUCUCAAACGUCAAAGAUUUACAUCUUUACUUCAACAUAAUUUCAUAUGUUGGAAAAGGAGGAUUUGAUCAUCUAAAAAAAAUAUCAAGACUCUUAUGGGAUGUCCCAGAAGCCUAUCGCCAGACUAUGCCACCAAGUACAGCUUUAACGAGAGGGAGUGGGCUCCACUGUGACUGUAACGUGCGCUGGUUAAAGGACUGGUUACUAGAGAGAGGUCUGAAUGACAUAACAUGUGCCACCCCUACCAGGUAUCUUCAUCGUAAUAGAAUUAAUAAAAUUGAACCUUGGAGUUUCUCAGCUACCAGGAAAUUACAACAACUGUAUUUGUAUUCCAACCUACUGACGUUUAUUCCUGAUAACAUCUUUGAGGAUCUCAGAGCCCUCCGUGUCCUCCAUCUCGGUAUAAACAUGAUUACCUACAUCGCGGAUGGUGCUUUCCGAUAUCUUGGAAAUCUUAACGUGCUAUAUCUUGACUCAAAUCGCCUCACCCUUCUUAACUCAAGGACGCUCGAAGGACUCUCAAACGUCAAAGAUUUACAUCUUUACUUCAACAGAAUUUCAUAUGUUGGAAAAGGAGGAUUUGAUCAUCUAAAAAAAAUAUCAAGACUCUUAUGGGAUGUCCCAGAAGCCUAUCGCCAGACUAUGCCACCAAGUACAGCUUUAACGAGAGGGAGUGGGCUCCACUGUGACUGUAACGUGCGCUGGUUAAAGGACUGGUUACUAGAGAGAGGUCUGAAUGACAUAACAUGUGCCACCCCUACCAGGUUAGCCGGUGUCAUGGUAACGCAACUAAAGGAAAGAGACUUCGAUUGUGAGCCUCUUAAAGUAUCAGUAUAUCCCAAGAAAGUAAUGGCGCUUUUCGGGGAAAACGUCCAAAUCCAAUGCAGAACGAACAUGGGUGCCACGUAUCACUGGAUACUGAAUGGCACGAGAUUGGAAGCGGACCAAUAUCGAGUCCCUACCCCACUGGGGCAAUUUACUAUCUACGGUUUGGCCGAAGAGGACCUAGGAGAGUAUGUUUGUAUUGCUCAGAAUGAGGCUGGAAUUGGAGCUAGCCACGCGAUGGUCACCGUUGGAGCUCGUCCCCAGUUCACGAUCUAUCCCUCGCCUGUUGACGCAAGAGAGCCACAAAAGCCAGUGGUAUUCAAAUGUCGAGCCAAGGGAUCACCGACGCCUCAAAUCAAGUGGUUCAAAGACGGGUUGUUAAUACUGGGCACUCCUGAGGAGUCACGCUUCCACAUCACCAUAGAAGGUGCCCUAGUGUUCAUGGGCAAGAGGUUCCAUGUCACAAGGGAGGGAUCCCUAAUAAUUUUUGACCCUCGGGUGGAGGACGAAGGAACUUACAAGUGCACGGCCGAGAAUGAGCUUGGAAAAGUUUCCUAUGAUGUCAGUCUUUACGUCGAAAUGAAUGCUAAAUGUGUACGUGGCUGCAGAGGAGGUGGUGUUUGUACUGCAGUGAAGUACGACUGCAUCUGUACAGCAGGCUUUCACAAAGAGGGAAGUCAAUGUGUCAAAGAUAAAAAGAUCAAGACUAAGGUGACUGAAGAAACGGGUUCGGGAUCAGGUUCGGGACCUGAUAAUGGAUCGGGCUCGGGCGCGGGAUCAGGUUCGGGCAGCGAGCUUCCCACAAAGCCAACCACUCCCCGAACCAGUGGACCGGGAAUCGACGAGGAGUCUGGGAGUGGAAGUCCCACUUUGGCCACUUACGGACCCGGGGUAGAUGAAGAAGUGUCUGGUGACGACACAUCAGCGACAAAGGCCGGAAGCGGAAGUGGCGGUGGAUAUGCAGAGGGAGAAAGUGGCGAUGGUAGUUUCGAGACGUUGGGUCUAGUGAAAAGGAAAUCGCGAUCGGCAGAGGCACCGCCCAUAAAUCCAUUGGAGGCUCCUCCGUCCUGAAAACGAUGUCAACGAUUUUGUGCGAGUUCUAUCAAACUUUGUGAAGAUAAAUUCAACGUAGUUCUUGGCUCAUCUUUGCGUGACAGCGUUACUUCUCAAAGUUCUUAACCUUUUUUCCUGACGUAAGUCUGAAGAUGUCGAGAGCCCCCUCCAUUAGUUUUUAAAUUUUAAGUCGGCUUAAUUUGUUGUUGUUGAAAACAAAAACAAAACACACCAAAAAAACCUAGGAUUCACAGUUUUAACAUGCUACGUUUAAAAGUACUUCUCUUCACUGGCAAGUGUCCCUAUGCAGUCCUCCUUACCACUCUCGCUAAUUUCUUUUGUUUAUGUUUGUGGAUUAAGCGUUCCGUACAAGUUAGCGGACGCUAGGCCACGUUAGUGUCUCGACUUGGUAGUUGUUUACUUUGUAACUUAAAAAAAGUAUCAAAGGUUGACAAUGCACCAUUGUUGUUGUGUUUUAAUAAAACACCAAAUCAAAUUGCA